GCUUUUGCAGAACUCAGGAGAACUGGGGUGGGGCUUGCAGAGAAGCUGCAGCUGGAGGGAAAAGGCCUGCAGCAGCCGGAUCCCGGGAAAGUUUACUUGCAAGGAGAAGCCUCCCUUCAUAGCCAAGUUAAUAAAGGCAGCUUUUCAGAGACGGAGGUGACUCAAGAGAAGGGGUAGGAGAUGGAAGAGCAGGACCCAGAAGGACCUGGUGCUGGCAAGAGAGCAAGGAAGAGUCCCCAUCCCAUCCCACCUGGAAGUGGUGCUGAAUUCUGGGAAAGAGCUGCGCCAGAGGUCCUGUCUAAAGACAUCACGACCUCAGAUGUACUCUGCCAACACUUCCGGCAGUUCUGCUACCAUGAGGCCGAUGGGCCCCGAGAGGUUUGCAGCCAGCUCCAUGGACUUUGCAGCCAGUGGCUGAAGCCGGAGAGGCACACCAAGAAGCAGAUCCUGGACCUGGUGAUCCUGGAGCAGUUCCUGACUCUCCUGCCCCAGGAAAUGCAGGGCUGGGUCAGAGGAUGUGGGCCAGAGACCAGUUCCCAGGCGGUGGCCCUGGCCGAAGGUUUCCUCCUGAGCCAGGCAGAGGAGAAGAGGCAGGCAGAACAGAUGCAGGGACCACCUUUGGAGAUGGAAGCUGCAAUCCCUGAGGCAGAAGGAGCUUCCAUGGAGCAGGGGCAGAGGCUGCCGGUGAUGGAGCGUGCCCAAGAUGCCCUCUCCUGUGGAACAGGCAGCGAAGAGAUGCUGUUGAGCCUUCAUCUUUUCAGAAGGGUAGAAACGGCUGCUGAACCUGCAAUCCAGGGUCCCUUUUCCUUGGAGGAGGUGUCCAUCUCUUUCACGGAGGCAGAGUGGGCCCUGCUGGAUCCGGGACAAAGAGCUCUGUACAGGGAAGUCAUGCUGGAGAACUAUGAGAAUGUGGCAUCUUUGGCAGAAGAUGAGCAGAGGAAUGUGGAGGGUGAGGAACUUAAUCGCAAAAUGCCACAUAGAGUUAAAAAUGAAAACUUGAACAAAAUUGUCAGGAAUCAAGGAAAACCAAAGAGAAGGAAAGGUGGUGGUACAGUUGAGAAGCAUGAUGGAAGAAAGCAGAAUGUACAUUUUCCAAAGCACUGGAUAAUGAAGACAACGAAAUCCAUUUUGUGUGGAAAGUAUUUCAGAAAUAGAUCACAGCUCCUUGUACACCAGACAAUAAAGAGAGAGGAGAAACCUUCUGAAUUCUCAGAAAUGAGUAAUAAAUUCAGUCAGAGUAGAAUCUUUCAGCUGCACCAAAAAACCCACAGAAGAGAGAGAACUUUUACGUGCCCAGGGAGUGGAAAGAGAUUAAGUAAGAGUGGUCAUUUUCAAUAUCAUCACCGAACCCACACGGGAGAGAAACCUUUUGAAUGCUCAGAGUGUGGAAAGAAAUUCAGCUGGAGUGGCAGUCUUCAAAGUCAUCAGAGAACCCAUACAGGGGGAAAACCUUUUGAGUGCUCAGAGUGUGGAAAGAGAUUCAGUCAGAGUAGCACUCUUCAACAUCAUCAGAGAACCCAUACAGGGGAAAAACCUUUUGAAUGCUCAGAAUGUGGAAAGAGAUUUCGUCGGAGUGGCUAUCUUCAAAGUCAUCAGAGAAUCCACACAGGGAGGAAACCUUUUGAAUGCUCAGAGUGCGGAAGGAGAUUCAGUCAGAGUAGCACUCUUCAACAUCAUCAGAGAACCCACACAGGGGAGAAACCUUUUGAAUGCUCAGAGUGUGGAAAGAGAUUCAGUCGGAGUAGCCAUCUUCAACGUCAUCAGAGAAUCCACACAGGGGAGAAACCUUUUGAAUGCUCAGAGUGUGGAAAGAAAUUCAGUGAGAGUUUCAGUCUUCAACGUCAUCAGAGAACCCACACAGGGGAGAAACCUUUUGAAUGCUCAGAGUGUGGAAAGAGAUUCCGUCGGAGUGGCCAUCUUCAACAUCAUCAGAGAAUCCACACAGGGGAGAAACCUUUUGAAUGCCCAGAGUGUGGAAAGAGAUUCCGUCGGAGUGGCCAUCUUCAACAUCAUCAGAGAAUCCACACAGGCCAAAAACCUUAUGAAUGCUCAGAGUGUGGAAAGAAAUUCAGUCAGAGUAGCACUCUUCAACAUCAUCAGAGAACCCACACAGGGGAGAAACCUUUUGAAUGCUCAGAGUGUGGAAAGAGAUUCAGUCAGAGUAGCAAUCUUCAACAGCACCAAAAAACCCACACAGGGAAGAAACCGUUUGAAUGCUCAGAGUGUGGAAAGAGAUUCAGUUGGAGUUGCAGUCUUAAACAUCAUCAGAGAAACCACACAGGAGAGAAACCUUUUAAGUGCUCAGAGUGUGGAAAGAGAUGCAGUACAAAUGGCCAUCUUCAAUAUCAUCAGAGAACCCACACAGGGGAGAAACCUUUUGAAUGCUCGGAGUGUGGAAAGAAAUUCAGUCAGAGUGGCACUCUUCAAUGUCAUCAGAGAACCCACACAGGGGAGAAACCUUUUGAGUGCUCAGAGUGUGGAAAGAGAUUCACUGAGAGUGGCCAUCUUCAACGUCAUCAGAGAACCCACACAGGGGAGAAACCUUUUGAAUGCUCAGAGUGUGGAAAGAGAUUCAGUCAGAGUAGCACUCUUCAAUGUCAUCAGAGAACCCACACAGGGGAGAAUCUUUAG